ACCUAAUUUUCGUCGUUUUGAGUUUGAUUUGUAGAAAGAACGAAAACAUUUAAACAUAAUCAAAAUAAAACACUUAAUUUAGCAAGGAUAUUACUUUCCUUGUGUGUUGUAAAUAAGUGUAACGUGUGGGUGUUUCUUUCUCGUUUAGGUAGUGUUCAUGGCGGCUCAAGAUGAAAUUAAAAGUCUCAUAGAGAAAAAUAAUGAAUUGGUGCAAAAAGUUCAGUAUUGGAAGAUGACGGCAGCUCAGAGGGAAAAUGAGAAAUUGGAGCUAAUGAAAGAGGUCAACGAGCUGAGGCUCAAAGUGAUUCGCCUUAAAAGCGGCGGUGCCGCAGACGCUCGCAAGCUAGAUGCUGCACUCCAACAAGCUAGCGAGCAGGCUCUCUCCCACCUUGUGCAGGCCUCCAGUGCCGUCGCACGCACCAUUGAGUUAGCCAAGACUUACAUGAGAGACCGGGAAGGCGCAGACACAGUGUCCCCACGAUGGAGCAACAUCAGCAAUUCUACUGAGAAGGUGCACCGGGUGCCUCCCAUGAUGAUGGGCGGGCAGUCCAUACAGCCCGUAGUUUCACUCAGCAGGGCUACUCUGAACAUUAACACUAGACAAACAGCUAGGAGUCCGAACUCUAGUCGCAAUGUUACCGUUAGAGCGUUACCAAUGCACAUGCUACAAGAUGUUUACAUUCCGCUGACGAGGAUAGACAUGAGGGCCAUUCCGAACUACAAUGAGACUGAACAGGAGCCUGCCGAUGACAGCGGGGACAACAUCCCGUUUGACGCAAGCAUGGAGGAGGUGGCCGAGGAACCUCAAAACAUGACUGCUGAUGACGAUUACGAAUCAUCGCGAAGACUAGACAUAGUAACGGAGGACGUUGAACCUGAGAGUGAAGAACAGACGCCACCUAGAGUUAGAGUGGACAAUCCCCUGGAGGGUCCCAGCUGGUUACUGGACGCGCCGCGUGAGCCUGACUCCACUACUGAAGAGGCUCUUAACACACCUCACACUGACAGUCCUGAGGUAACAUUAUUUGAAGUCUAUUCCUAUAGUGCUAGGGUUAACAAUCCCCUGGAGGGUCCCAGCUGGUUACUGGACGCGCCGCGCGAGCCUGACUCCACUACUGAAGAGGCUCUUAACACACCUCACACUGACAGUCCUGAGGUAACAUUAUUUGAAGUCUAUUCCUAUAGUGCUAGGGUUAACAAUCCCCUGGAGGGUCCCAGCUGGUUACUGGACGCGCCGCGUGAGCCUGACUCCACUACUGAAGAGGCUCUUAACACACCUCACACUGACAGUCCUGAGGUAACAUUAUUUGAAGUCUAUUCCUAUAGUGCUAGGGUUAACAAUCCCCUGGAGGGUCCCAGCUGGUUACUGGACGCGCCGCGUGAGCCUGACUCCACUACUGAAGAGGCUCUUAACACACCUCACACUGACAGUCCUGAGGUAACAUUAUUUGAAGUCUAUUCCUAUAGUGCUAGGGUUGACAAUCCCCUGGAGGGUCCCAGCUGGUUACUGGACGCGCCGCGCGAGCCUGACUCCACUACUGAAGAGGCUCUUAAUACACCUCACACUGAUAGUCCUGAGGCCGGGCCGGAGCCGGAGCCGGAGCCGGAGCCGGAGCCCCCGCGCAUGUUCACGCCCACCGUGCGCCGGCGCAGGCGCAGCUCCACGCCGCCACCGGCGAGGGACUCGCUCAAUGGUUCGCUGUCCUGCUCUCGCGUCCUACAAGUGCUAGUGCCUAAACUACUAGUGGCUGACCCGGCUUCGCCCGCCCACAAGCGACCAAAGCCGCGCUUCGACGCGCCCAGCCCCAACGGAGCUACCGACUCUAGAGUCAUCGUGUCGGAAGAAUUAGAAUCUCAAGCCAGGGAAAUAGAGUCAGGCGAGCCUAGCCGCACGCCCACCAAUAUACGCAGCGACAGCAGGCGGGGGCCGCACCAACAGGACAGUUACAGGGACCAAGAGGGCCACGGGCCACAAGAGAGUUACAGGAGAGACAGCGGCGACAGCGAUAGCGGAAGCGGAGCGGACAGAGUGAGCGAGGGCAGGACGCGGCGGAACCGGAAACCGGUCACUUAUAAAGAGAAGCCUUUAAAUAGGAAACUCCGGAGAUGAUAACAGUCGUCGACUGUAGGCGAAUUAUUUAUUGUUUUUAUUACUAU